AUGGCGUCAAAGAAGAAACAGAAGAAACGUGUUGAACACGAAGAACACGUGGAUUUAGAUUUAUCUAUACUCGAGCUGUUGGGUGGCGACAAGAAUGACUUGGAGCUUCUCAGAGAUGUUGACUCUACAGACAAUGAAAGCCUGGAGGGACUGGACAAUGAUAUGGAUGUGGAGCCCAUCAAGAAAGAUGAGUUGAGAGAAUUUAUCAAAAAUCUGGGAAUAAAAAAGCAUCGAGAUGAUUUGAAAGAUGAAAGUGAUGAGGAGACAAAAACAAAUGUUGAAAAGUUAACAAAAGAAAAGAAAGAGGAGAAAAACAAGAAGAAACAAGAUGCUGUUGAGGCUGUUUCGUCAACCCCACAAAAAAAGCAAAGGAACAAGUACAAAUCACUUGUACAACAUCCAGAGGUAUCCAGUUCCUCACUUAGCCAGUCUAAGGGGCUCAAGGGUCACAUGCUGCUGUACCAGCCCCGCAACUAUCUACUGGUCAGACAUGGUCAUCAGUGGCAGGACAAAGAGGAUACUUUACCAGUGCUGGGGAAAGACUCAAACAGUAUGGAUCAUGACUUGGAGAAAGAAAUGGAGAGCUUUGCAUCCAAGCUGUUAGCUGAUGAGGUUAAAGUUCACACCAAGCAAUGGGAAUCAAAAAAGAAAUCUGAAGCUGGAUGGAUGAAAACCGUUCUUGUAUCAGGGACAUUGUCAGAUAAGAUCGCAGCUCUGACCCUACUGGUACAGGAAUCUCCAAUCCACUGCCUCAGCAGUCUGGACAGUCUCAUUGCCAUGGCGAAGAAAAAGGGCAAACGUGAAUGUAUGAUGGCUGCAGAUACACUACGCGAGCUGUUUACCUCACACUUGUUACCAGAAAACAGAAAGCUGAGACAGUUUCACCAGUUUGACCUGGUUGCUAUAGAAACAACAUCAGGUGGGAACAAAGACACGGUCGACAGGAAGCUGAUUCUCUGUUGGUUCGAAUCACAACUCCACAACAAAUACUUAGACUUCAUUAAUGCUUUAGAUAUGAUGUCGAAAGAUACAAUACAGGCUGCUAAGCAGAAAGCUAUCAGUACAAUUUAUGAAUUAUUGGCUGACAAACCUGAACAGGAACAGCUUUUACUGUCCAUGCUGGUGAACAAGCUAGGGGAUCCUGACUACAAGUUGGCGGCCAAGUCAACACAUCUUCUCACUCGACUUGUUGACAAGCACCCAAACAUGAAGGCAGUGGUAGUUGGGGAGGUGGAACGUUUACUCUACAGACCUAAUAUCUCACAGAGAGCCCAAUAUUAUGGUAUAUGUUUCCUAAACCAGCUGAUGCUGAGUGAGGAGGAAUUGCAGCUUGCUACCAAACUCAUACGACUUUACUUUUCUUUCUUCAAGGCAUUCGUGAAGAGAGGUGAGGUGGACAGUAAGAUGAUGAGUGGCCUGCUCACAGGUGUCAACAGAGCAUAUCCAUUUGCCAAAGGUGAAGAGAAGUUUAUCAGCGAACAGAUGGAUACAUUGUAUAAGAUUGUACACUUGGUGAACUUUAACACUAGUCUUCAGGCCCUCAUGUUACUGUACCAGGUGAUGGACUCCAGUCAUAGUGUCUCAGAUCGAUACUACGUGGCCCUCUAUAAGAAGAUGAUAGACCCAACUCUGUGUACCUCUGCCAGACAAGCCACAUUCUUAAACCUACUCUUCAAAAGUAUAAAGAAAGAUGUGGCUGAAAGGCGAGUCAAGGCCUUCAUUAAGCGUCUGCUACAGAUCUGUCCGUUCCAGUCUCCGCAGUUUACCUGUGCUGCCCUGGUCCUGCUGGGGGAGGUCAUCAAAACACAGCCUUAUGCUAUUAUCACCCAACACAAAACCAUGGGUUGUGAUGAUGAUAAAGAGGAGGAUGAUGAUGAAGAGGAACACUUCACUGACCUUCCUGCUCCAGGCGAAGAUGUGGUUGUGAUCAAACAGGAGUUCCCUGAGGAUGUAAAGCCAGUGAUAGGAUCCUCAUGGAUACAUAAAUCUAUAAGUCAAGCAGGGAGAAGUAUGAUUUAUGACCCGUUUGUGAGAAAUCCUUUACAUUGCCGAGCAGAGCAGGAAUGCAUGUGGGAGCUAGAGAAACUUGCUGCACAUUUCCAUCCAUCUAUCGCUCUGUUUGCUCAAACCCUUCUCAAGGGUGAGCCUAUCACAUAUGGAGGAGAUCCUCUACACGACUUUACAACCAUUCGAUUUCUUGAAAGGUUUGUCUACAAGAAUCCCAAACAGCAGCAAAACAUACCAGAAAAUGCAGGAAUUUUAUCGAAGACGAGAACAAAGCAACGAGAUCCAUUGACUGGAGCCAGGAAGUUUGCCAUCAACAGCCAAAGCUACAUAGAAAAGGAUGAAAGUGAAAUACCUGUUGAAGAGAAAUUUUUCCAUAAGUACUUCACCCAGAAAGAGGCUCUAAGUGGAAAGGCAAAGAAGACUGGUGAUGGGAGUGAUGAUGAUGGCAGUGUUUGUGAUGAUGAUUUCGAUGACUACCUUGAUAAAUAUGAAAGGGAGCUUGAAGGCGGGGCUGGAAUAACGUUUGAUUUCUCAGAUGUAGACUUUGCAGCAUCUAUGGGGAAGAAAUCAAAGAAGAAACGAAAGCAAGGAGAAGAAGAUGAUGAUGAUGAUGAUGAUUAUGAUGAUGAUGAUGAUGAUGAUGAAGAUGACUUUGGUAAUUUGUCUGAUGAGGAAAUGGACUUUGAUAAUGAUGAUGAUUUCAAGGCAGCUUUUGAAGAUUUCGAGGAUGACGAUGCUGAUGAUGAUAAUGAUGAUGAUGAGGAAGAGGAGGGGGAAGAGGAGGAUAUAACAGACAACGAUGUUGAGGAUGAAUUUAAUGAGGAAGAUAUAGAAUUUUCUGAUGACGAUGAGUUUGCUGAACCUCAGCUGAAGUCAAAGAAGCGUCCUGGGAAUGAAGAGUGGAUGAUUUCACCAAAGAAAAAGUCCAAAAACUCCAAAGGGUUAUCUAGUAUUUUUGCAUCUGCAGAUGACUUUUCACAUCUUCUUGAUGAAACAGGCGCCUCAAAAUUAGAUAUGACUACAUCACAUGCUGUAUCUAACAAAGAAAAUGCUAGCGAGAAGCAGUUAUUAUGGGAAAUGAAGCGAGAGAAAAAGAUGUCCGGAAGAGGUGACAGGAGAAACUUCAAACACAAAUCAAAGAAACCCUUUAAACAAUCAACUCACAAGUCAAAACCAAAGUUUAAAGGAAGCCAGCGGUUCAGCAGUAAAAAGGGACAGUCUGGCCGCAAGUGAACAUAGAUUACAUAGACAACGACUAUAGUGAUGAUUGAGGUCAUGACUCGAAAAGACUGAAAGACUGGUCAAAAGUGUAGAUUAUACAAAAUGACUAGUGUGGUGGUUUAACUCAUCAUUCUACAGUACAUUUCAUAGGAGUUGGCAAGGGACAAGUGGUAAUCAGACUUCAUCUGAUUCAUACUGGUGAAAGUCUCUAGUAGUGACUCAUACAAUUACAGAGAAUUUGCAGCAACUUGCACAUUGAUAAAUGUGAGAAUUAAAGUUGUUUACACCAGUCAAUGAGAAAUUGCUGGUGAUUUGUCAGAUAUUGAUUUACAAAUUAUAUAGAAUAAAAAUCAACAGUUAGGAUUAUUGGUUAUGUUAUCUAAAUAUGAAUUUAUUUCUGAACUUUUAUGUAAUAAAAAAAGGUAUUUGAAACAA